AUGCUAUCCUCAUCACGAACUCUCAUUCAACAACUCCACACCAGUAAAGGAGUCAGCAAGAAUGUCCGUACAGCAGUUUUGGCCAACAACAUCAUUUCUCGAAAAUUCUCUACUCAUUCCGUUCAAAAGAAGGAGCAAAUGGUGGAGUUUAAUUGGAAGGACCCACUCAAUGUCGAGAGUUUAUUAACCGAAGAGGAGAAGGAAAUUCGCGAUCAAGCUCGUAAUUAUUGUCAAUCCAAAUUGAUGCCAAGAAUUUUAGAAGCAAACCGAAACGAGUUCUUUGACCGAGAAAUUUUGAGAGAAAUGGGAGAGAUGGGAAUGUUGGGUAUCACCAUUCAAGGAUAUGGAUGCGCUGGAGCAUCACAAGUGAGUUAUGGUCUUGUUGCAAGAGAGGUUGAGAGAGUGGACAGUGGAUAUCGUUCUGCCAUGUCUGUUCAAUCUUCUCUUGUCAUGCAUCCAAUCAAUACAUUCGGAAGUGAGGAACAAAAACAAAAGUAUUUGCCAAGACUUGCUACAGGUGAAAUUGUUGGAUGUUUCGGUUUGACUGAGCCAAAUCAUGGAUCAGAUCCUGGCAGUAUGGAAACAAAAGCAAAGAAAUCAUCUUGCGGAAAAUACUAUAUUUUGAAUGGUUCAAAGAUGUGGAUUACAAACUCUCCAAUAGCAGACAUUUUCGUUGUUUGGGCAAAGAAUAUGGAAGAGGGUGGAAAGAUUAGAGGUUUCAUUUUGGAAAAAGGCAUGAAAGGUCUUACUGCACCAAAAAUUGAAGGUAAAAUGUCAUUGAGAGCAUCUAUUACUGGAUCUAUUGCAAUGGAUGACGUUUAUGUUCCAGUUGAAAACAUGCUUCCAAAGGCAUUGGGUUUGAGUGGUCCAUUCUCUUGCCUCAACAGUGCAAGAUAUGGAAUUUCAUGGGGUGCUUUGGGUGCUGCUGAAUUUUGUUUUGAAACAGCAAGACAAUAUCAACUUGACAGAAAACAAUUUGGAAAACCAUUAGCUCAAAAUCAAUUGCCCCAAAAGAAGAUGGCUGAUAUGCUCACAGAAAUCACUUUAGGUUUGGUAUCAUGUGUCCAACUUGGAAGACUUAAGGAAAAAGGAGAGUGGGCUCCUGAAAUGAUUUCCAUGUUGAAGAGAAAUAAUGCUGGAAAAGCUUUAGAAAUUGCCAGAGUUUGUAGAGACAUGUUGGGAGGAAAUGGUAUUGCUGAUGAAUAUCAUGUUAUUAGACAUGCUGUCAACCUUGAAUCUGUCAAUACCUACGAAGGUACACACGACAUUCAUGCUUUAAUUUUGGGACGAGCCAUUACAGGACUGCAAGCUUUUAAAUAA